CAGCGGUAAGACGGGAGUGUUACAGUGACGCACAUCUGAACAUAAUUUGAGCAUGGCGUCGGCUAACUUGUGCAGACUGCACAGUCUCCUAACGCGGUUUUCUACCGUCACCACACUGCGACAUGUACAAACAUGUUUGGUGCCAGUUCGACAGAAGUCCAGUGUCAGUGGUCCUUCACUUGAUGGUCCAAACUGUAAUGUGGACAUCGGCGUGACUUCAGAUGGGAAAACCAUAGUGUGCUACCAUCCCACCGUCGACAUUCCUUAUGAGUUUACACAACCCAUAGAACGACCUGACCCCUUGACCAACCCGGUUGAGACCCACGACCAGAUUUUAAAGGCCCACCUCAGCAAGGAGGUCCUGAAGGACAAAGAGGGUCCCACCAUAGAGGAGCUAAGCAAGAUGUUUUUCACCACCAAACACCGGUGGUAUCCAGUCGGACAGUACCACAUGAGACGCAGAAAGAAGGAUCCUCCAAAGGACAGAUAGUGAAGGCCAAACAGAACUGCAAAUGUUUUUUUGUGUUGUUGUCACAAUGAUGUAUAAUAAACUGUUAAAUAUUGA